AUGGCUAGAUUUGAUCCAAUUAAAUUGGCACCAAGUCCUAAUGAUGAUGGAGUUGUUGAAUGUUGGUCAUCACUUAAAAACAUAAAUGGUUGUGUAAAAGGAGUUUAUAAAGUAUUUACUGGUGUUGGAUGGCUUGAUUCUUCUUGUUGUGAAGUGGUUAAUAAGAUUGAUAAUAAAUGUUGGCCUAAAAUUUUCCCUUUUAAUCCAAGUUUUGGUUAUAUAUUGAUGUAUUAUUGUAGCAUUGUUACUGCUCCCACCAGCUCCAUUAUCUGCAAUUUGAAGAUGGUAUGGUGUGUGUUCUUGAAAGAGAGAGUUUAUGUUAUAUGUACUGACGGUGUAAAGAACUUUUAUGCUAUCAGAUUAAGUUAGAAUAUACUCUUUCAGACUCGAGUCUUAACGUCUACUCAUA